CUUUCCAAGGAAUAGCAAACAUACUCGUCAUAGUACGAGUUACCUUUUCUUUCUUCACACAUACACCAUCCAUCAAACAUUCACGACUUCACAAAGUUACCUGAGAGAAACGUAACUACGAAGGUAUCGAACGGCACGGCAGACACGCACGCAAUCUGUUGACGGCUGGUCCACACAUUCCAGACAGUGACGGCCCGUCACUUCUGCAGCAUCUACAUUCUUCGCAAUGGCGCCUCUUCCAGCCUCGACCAUCAAAUCCUACCUCUCCUCUCUCCUCCGCCGCACAGCUUCACCAUCCGCAGACCUAGACCUCGCUGCCGUACAAGCACGCACCAUCCUCCCGCGCUCCAGCACCAACCCCGUCGCCGGCGUAGGCGUCACUCCGCCCGACAGCAUCCCCAACAAACUCGUCUUCGUAGUCUUUGGCCUCAUCGGCUUCGGGUUCGUCGUCACGGGCAUCUGGUUCUUUUUCUGGGCCAAGAACGGCGGGUUCCAUUUCAAGCAGAAUGAUUGGGAGGACUACAAGACGACUGUGUUGCGGAGAAGAGGCCCGAAUGGAACGCUGUUGAGUGGUGCGAGUGAGAGUACGGAUCUUGGGGGUGGUAGUGUGGUGCAUGGUGAGAAGAGGAGUAGGUGGGGGAGGAGUAGUAAGGGGAAGGUGAAGAAGAAUGAGAUGCGGUAUAAGGAUUUUGAUGACGAGGAGAGUCAGGUUACGAGUAGUCUGGGUACGAGCACGGUUGGGACUGAGAGCGAAGUCUCUGCCUUUAAGAAGAAGAUGAGGAAGGGACGAAAGGAUAAGAAGAAGGAUAAGAGCGCGAUGAGCGAAGUCGGUACCGUGGAUGGAGACAUGGAUGCCAGUGUCGCAGACGCCAUCCGCGAAUACCGCCACGAGAAACCUGCUCGUGUAGGAGGUAUUAACAAGCAACCCGAUGGCAGCUCAUGGGAUGGUUCCAACGAAGCUGCGUCCGAACUACUCUCUCACCGCGAGAAGACUCCUACCAAUACCCCAACCAAAGUCCGCAAGGAACGCAAAGACACUUAUACAGGCGGUACAGGCGGAAUCCGUAAAGUAGUCAGUACCAGCACACCCAGCGGCGACAUUGGUGUCCGAACCAGAGAAAGCACACACACCCAAACUAAAUCCAUCGAAGAAGACCGCAUCAAAGCCGAAGCCCGCAAACUGCAAGAGAAAGGCCGUGCAGCAACGUCUCAAAAACGCGAUUUUAGCUUCCAGGCCGGAGACGAUAAUAGUACCGUCACUGGCGGCUCAAGUGCUGCUUCAGAAGCUACCGCUAGACGCGAGAGAAGAGAGGAGAGAGAGAGGAGACGUCAGAGCAGGAGUCCGACGAAGAAGAUGCCGGGCAGCUAUCAUGAGGUGGCCACGAGUGAGGUGGGAUCCACCGAGACGAGCAGUGAGGUUGGCACGAAGAGCUAUCAUCAUGUUAUUCCUGGACUGAGCUCGACGGCUGGAAGUGAGUACGCAGAGGAGAGGAGGCGGAAGAGGAACGGGGGGUAUAGGCGUGGGAGGACGGAUAGUGAUGGGGAGUAGGUUGUGGCUUUGGACUUGGGAUGUGAGAUGUGAUAUGAUAUGAUUGGCGGCAUGGCGUGCGAUUAAUGGAUUGUUGGAGUUUUGCGUUUUUUGUACGUAUGUAUGGAUGGAUGUGUGGAUGGGUAGAUUGGGGUAGUAAAAUGCAU